CGCUAUUGGCCAGUUCUAAAUUAUUCCCACGUGGUGGCUAGCGAUUGGCUUGCUAGCCGUAUAAGAGGCUUGAGUGGUUUCCGCCCAAGUUGGAGGACUCCACGACUAUCAGGAGGAAGAGAACUUCACGUCUCGUGAAGAUCUCUACGCGCUGCGGAGCCUAUUGGACCCAGCGUGUAUAUCAAGAAGGCUACAGGGGUCUGAUUAGCCUCUGGCCUCUCCCCGUCGCCGAGCGCAAUCCUUCGACGAAGCCCUCUUCCCUGCGCGCAAGUUCCACGAAGCCUAGCAAACUUCGUGUGAGUGUAUCCAGAGCUCUGUCUGAGUCGAGUGAAACUGCAACGUAAACGAAGUUUUCCUGGAAGUUUUCCAGCCUGCACCGCGACCAUCUUCGGUCCACCUGCUGCCAAAGGAGCGACAGACCAUGUAUGAGCUAUCCACGAUGUUCCUGCUGUGUCCCAAGUACUGAAAGUUGGAGCCGCCUUUCCAGUUCCAGCAGUGCUCGGAGAAUGAUGAGGUUGCCACCUACAAGGAGCACUGCAGCCUGGGGACUAUGAGACACCUUGUUCCCCUGAGCUGCCUCAUCUGCUCUAGCGUCCUUUGUCCUGGUUCUUGCCACAUUGCAGGCUGUGAGCCCUGCAAACCCUGAGAAUCUGAUCAGACUCCUUGACACUGCUCAGUGGGAGCUAGUUCCCCAGGGUAUAUCAUCAUCCAGUGCUCCAACAUGAAUAUCUGCUUAACUCUUUGUGCACUGUUCGUACAGCACAGGCAUCCUCGGUACAGCACAUUGCUGCACACCACAGAAUUAGGGGCCAAGUUUGGUCUGGAAGAGCUGAAGACUUGAGGUUGUGCUGCUGAGUCACACACAUGCCUGAAACACCCGGAUGGGCUUCUGCCCAUCCCCUGGCUUCCUUUGUGAGCUCUGCUCUCAGCAGGAGCACAGCAGCUUGGUCUGUAACCGGAGCCCCUGACUGUGACUCCCAGCUGCACAGUUUGGAUGGGUGUCGCUUGGUUCAGGUAACAGGCACUGUUUUUGGCACAUGAGUGAUCUCUGAACCAUCAACCUCUUAAAAAUAGAAGAUGGCAUCUCAAGGGCGUGAAAGGGGCAGAGAAUUCUGGAUGGGGCCAGGCCUGGCCGGGAUGGGGAUAAAAGCUGCUGGCUCCCACCAGCCGAGCAGAAGGGCUCGAGCACCACUGGGGAGGACUCAGUUCCAGUGCCCUGAGCCAGUUGCAGAAGCAGAGAUGCUGUGCCACCUGAACCUCCAGCCGCCCUCCCAUAGCACCCUGGCUCCCUGGGUGAGCCCCGUGCGCACACUGUGGCCUCAACCCAGCGUCCUCUUUGCUGAGCUGGAGCGGGAGCUGCGAUGGGAGAUGGAGCAAGCCCAGGAGUUUAUGAGCAGUUUCCAGCACCUCUUGGCAGGUGGAGGGAGCAGUAGCCCCAUCAAAGAGCGAGAGCAGAGCACCAGCGUGGCACCGCCCCAGGGAGCAGAUGGGGCCUUCACUGUGUGCCAAGACAUCAAGGGCCUUGGCCCUAAUGACCUAAUGGUGAAGCUGGUGGGCAGGAAGGUGCUGCUGACGGGCAAGAAGGAGAUGCAGAGUGAGGACAGUAAAGGCUCCUUCUCCUACAAGUACGAGGUGUUCAAGCGGGAGUGGGACGUGCCCGAGGGCGUAGACCCUGACGGCCUGACCUGCUCCAUCUCCAGUGAGGGCCAGCUGCGCAUUGAAGCCCCAUGCCAGGCACUGAUGGCUGCCCCAGAGAGGAACAUGCCCAUCCAGAUUGCCCCGGUGGGGAGUGCAGAAGCUGGAGCUGCAGUGGGCUCUGAGGAGGAAGCCAAUGGCAGAGCCAAGGCAUAACGGCAACUGAGAGCUGACAGUUGUCAUGCAGGCUGAGCCAGAGAGAGUAGAGUCCCAGAUCAGAAGCUGAGCUGAGACUUUCUGAAGACUGAUGGAGGCCCAGAGGGGGUGGGAGGAUGCAGGAGCCUUUGUAACUGCCCUUUAAGAUUUGUAUCAUGUUGCUUUUUUUUUUUUUUUUUUUAUGAAAUAAAUGGCUUUGUCUAUUCUACUUGUUGCUGCUACCUUUGCCAAACUUACUGGGUCCUAGAUUCUCCCUGUGCUCCUCUUUCUCUUUUCCCAAGAAGCAUGAAUGGCCUUAUGGGUUUGGGGUUGGGGUUGGCCUCAUGGUGGAGCUGGGAGUCAGGACAGCCUGAUCCAAUUCCUGAGUGUGCUCUGGACAAACUUCCCCAUCUUUUUGGGCCUCCACUCGUGGCUGUAUAAAGAAAUAAUGUCAGUGCCCUGCUGAGAAGCACUGAGUGCUGUUGACGCUCAGGGGAAGUGAUAAAGGGAGAUGCUGUGGGACUGCAGGGCUCUGCUGGAGCAGUCCAAGCCCCUGUCCUGUCACCAGGAGGCCGGGCUGCAACUGCAUAUGUGAUGUGCAAAGGAUGCAGGGAAUGUGCUGCUGCCAACCACUCAGUAUCCUUGUUCCUUAAGUUCAGCGGAUGCAGAUCAAAGCUUCUGAGAACUGGGCAAAUUGAUAACGCUUAAACCCCCAGACUGACGGAGUAAAGCUUGACUCUCAGCAUCGGGAUGGAAGCUGCAGAGCAGUGUUUUCAAGCAGCCAGUAUGUCUGAUGGGCCAAGCACUGCACACUCUGGGGCCCUAUUUGUCACAGGUGGGAGGAUGUCAGGCACUGGGCAAGGGUCUCAAGGAAAGAGACUUAAGAAGAGGUCUUCUGUAUCUGAACAGCUGUGCAGUCACCAUUUAUUGGAACAGCAUCCUGCUGAUUGAGCCAAUGGCAGCAGAUCCUGGCCUCGGCCUCCUGCUACUUGUAAACAGAGCUAGCAAGAUAGACAGUAAGAUCCAAACCUGAAUUUAUAGCCCUGUACUAUUUUUUUCCCUGUGAGCCAAAGACCUAUUUGGAAGCUGAGCCUGGCAGUUACAGUAGCGACUGCACUGCCAAGAAAGAUUUCUCAUCGGAGAGAAGACGCAAACAGGAGUGUUACACGAAGUCGCUGCUUAGUGCAGGGAUGUAAGCCAAGAAGGCUGCUGUCUGCCAAGCAUCUAGGGACCAGCUCAGCAGUCUGCCUGGCAUAGACGUGAGAGGCAAUGGUUGAUGCCAGCUGCUGACCUGGCUGGCCCAUGGGGUCUUUCUGAGCAAGAAUGUCAGUACCAGACCCUAAGAAGCAAGAACUCCAAGCAGGCCCUGGAUGUGCCUGGGGGCAGAGUCUUGUGCAUGGGCCAAAAGUCUGUGUUUGUGAACCAUUCAUCUCAAAUGCCCUGCUGUAGUCACCUGAUGAAAGUAUGUAAGAGCUGAGACAGCAACAUGAAUGAACAUGCCAAUGAUGUGUGCAGGCACAUUGGUGAGUACAUGAGCCAAUGUUCAUUCAAGUGAGCCUGCAUAUGCCAAUUGGAUGUUGGGUGUCCUAUGAGGGUUUCCCGAAGCAAUGUCUGACUCAGGAAUCAAUGAGGCCUUAGAAGAGCCUCCGUGUCACUGCCUAAGCAAUCGGGGGCCAACAUAUUUAGCGUAGCUGCCA